AUGAGUAUACACAAGCUGAUCUUCAAACCACCUCUUUUUUCCAACCCUAGUCCCAAUUUCAACAACUGCGGUUCUAGUUCAGCUUUCACCCCUACUCCACAAUUACCCACUUCUGAUUCAAUUCCACCGGAGAUUCCACCUGGAUUUGAAGAAACCUAUGUUUAUUCUGAAUUUAAACGAAUUUCUGACCUAUAUAAAGAAGCUUUUGCUGGAAGAAUGCAGCAUUUCGGAGAUGUUGAGGUCGUCAAACACCAGCAUUCUCGUGUUGAGGUUGUGGAAGACCCCGAUUCUCAUGCCAUUGUUUCUGUUAAUGACACCCAGGUUUCAGUAAUUGUGAUUGCUAGAAAAAAACAUCCACAAAGAUCAUCGGAAUUGGUUAGAGUAACAGAUCUUAAGCCUGAAGAUCAACGUUAUCUCCGAGACGCUGUUCGGGAAACCUGA